AUUGCGACCAAGUUGAGUGAACGGACGGAGGAACUGUUGAAUAGGCUACAUCAACCUGUUUCCCAACGCAGUAACAGUGUCUAUUCAGCUGAGCUGCGUGGCAAUUUUCACGCUCAAUAGGAUAUAAAUUUACCUUUUACUACUUUUUUGCCCAAGCGUGGUUUCACUGUGGUUCGGUCUUCAUGAUUGCGCUGUGGAUUUCAGCUUCAGUCACUGAGGUGCAUCUCGGAACACAGCUCGUUUCCCUUUUUGAACCUCUAUUCUGCUCAACUCUUUACUGUCAAAAAUCGGAACCGCUUUUAAAGAUUUUCUCUAGCUUUACUGGAGACAGACGUUGUCCAUCCUUGCGCUUCUAAGACUUGUUACAAACUGUGCGUCGCUCCUCCGACUGGCUGCUGACAUGCAGUCUUUCAUAUCUCCGGUGACAAAGGCAAUUUUAGUGGCUUUGUUUAUUUUUGCUAUUUUGCUUAUUCUGUAUGUCAUACUGUGGUACAUAUGCCGAGAUGUGGAUUGUGAUCACGGCAUCUGAUGUUGGAGAUUCAUCGAGCAUCACUGAAACGGAAUAGAGUAGAUGGCUAUGGAGAAGUCAGGGUGACCCUGUUGUACAAUCCUGCCACACUUCACCAAUGGUCUAUGGGUCCAAUCAACUCGUCUAACGUGAACGAGAUGUGGUGGUUUCUUCAGUGUAUUUUGCCGGCCCUGAAACUCUACUUAAUUGGCGUGAAAGCUCUUCUUUACCAGCUCUUCAAUAAUCCCUUGGCCUUGCCAGUUUUGCCCGCACAAAAUGGAAAGGUGGCGAUAGUGACUGGGGGUGCCAGAGGGAUGGGAUAUGAGACGGUGAGGCAUUUGACGAGGCUCGGCAUGCACGUUAUCAUAGCCUCAAACCAUGACAAUGAGGGUUUGACUGCAGUGAAGAGGAUCUGUGAAGAAAGAAAUGAUGCACAGGUUGAGUUUGAGCACCUUGACCUUGCGUCCCUGAGGUCUGUCCGGCAGUUUGUCAAGAGGUUUAAGCACAGAGGACUUCCCCUGCAUGUCCUUGUCAACAAUGCAGCUGUUAUGCUGGUGCCUGAAACAAAAACAGAAGAGGGCUUUGAGCAACAUUUUGGCAUCAAUUACUUGGGCCACUUCCUGUUGACCAGCCUCCUCCUGGACACCCUGAAGCAGUCUGGGCAGCAUGACUCCUACUCUCGCAUCGUCACCAUCUCCUCCUCCGCACACCACAUGGGCCAGCUCAGCCUGAAGGAGGCCGAGAGAAGGCACAGCUACAGUCCCCAUGCUGCAUAUGCCCACAGCAAGCUGGCUCUUGUUCUUUUCACUUACCGCCUGCAGCAAGAGCUCACAGCAGGGGGAUUUCCAGUGACAGCCAACGUCGUGGACCCUGGGAUGGUGGACACAGCCUUGUACCGCCACUUAUGCAGCCCUGCGCAGCUCGCCAAGAAGCUGGUGGCAAGACUGCUAUUCUGGACCGCUGCCCAAGGAGCCUCCACGGCCAUCUUCGCAGCCACGGCCGCUGAACUGGAGGGGGUGGGCGGGUGCUACCUGCACAACGGGCGACGGGCCCGGUCAGCGGCCGCCUCCUACGACGAAGCUCUCCAGGCCCAUCUGUGGACUCAGAGCUGCCGGCUGGCGGGCCUCCUGCCGGAACCGUGCCGAGCAGACUGA